UGAGAUUUCUUGCUACCCAAUCCAUCUUUUCCCCAGGGACAGCAAGCCUUCCCUGGUCCAUCCCUCCCUCUUGUUUGGUAAUCAUUUCAUUUUACUCCUUUUUGAAGCAGUCGCCCGUUUUAUCCCACUUUUCAUUUCACAAUCCCGUGCGCGUCUGUUCGCCUUCUUCUUCAGAGCAAGUUCGCGUUCUCCCCUCUUUCUCCCCGCGACGAGAAGGUCUGCUUGAUCCCGGCUGAUCGUUUCCUUUGAGAUGCUCCACAGCUCUCGCCUUCUCUCCACCCUCUUUUAACUAGAGACCGCUUAAUCUUGAGUGAACUGAACUUGGGUUUGGAAUCUAAAAGAAAGAGGAACACCCAAAGGGAUACGGCAGCGCGUCUUUGGAUAAGGACCUCUUUCCCCUUGUUGCACUUUGGGGAAGAUUUUUUCCCUUUCAGUUGGUUUUUGUUAAUCCAGGUGGUGCAGGAGGAUUAUUCCACUCGAGCUGGUGUAGAGAGACAUCCCCCAGAAGGCUAUUUUCAUGUUCUCCAUCCAGGACGGUCUCCCACGGGGAGCCUUGACCAUGAAAGAAGAGCCCCUUACGAGUGGCAUGACGCCGGUGCGCUCUUGGAUGCAGAGCGCGGGGAUACUGGAUGCCAACACAGCUGCGCAAAGUGGUGUGGGUUUGGCAAGAGCCCAUUAUGAGAAACAGCCUCCCUCGAACCUGCGCAAGUCAAACUUCUUCCACUUCGUUCUGGCCCUGUAUGACCGGCAGGGACAGCCCGUCGAGAUCGAGAGAACCUCCUAUGUGGAAUUUGUGGAAAAAGACAAAGAAUACAAUGACGAGAAGACCAACAAUGGCAUCCACUACAGGUUACAGCUUCUCUACAGCAACGGUAUCAGGACAGAACAGGAUCUGUAUGUUCGAUUAAUAGACUCCAUGACUAAACAGGCAAUCCUUUAUGAAGGCCAAGACAAAAACCCAGAGAUGUGUCGCGUUCUCCUCACCCAUGAGAUCAUGUGCAGCCGGUGUUGUGACAAGAAGAGCUGCGGGAACCGAAACGAGACGCCAUCUGAUCCUGUCAUCAUCGACAGAUUUUUCCUGAAAUUCUUUCUCAAGUGUAAUCAGAACUGUUUGAAAAAUGCAGGGAAUCCCAGAGACAUGAGGCGAUUUCAGGUGGUGGUGUCCACCACAGUGAACGUGGAUGGCCAUGUCCUGGCCGUGUCAGAUAACAUGUUUGUCCACAACAACUCCAAACAUGGGAGGAGGGCACGACGCCUGGACCCUUCUGAAGCAGCCACUCCAUGCAUAAAGGCCAUCAGUCCCAGUGAAGGAUGGACGACUGGGGGGGCCACCGUCAUCAUCAUUGGGGACAACUUCUUUGAUGGAUUACAAGUGGUCUUCGGCACAAUGUUAGUUUGGAGUGAACUCAUCACACCUCAUGCUAUCCGGGUGCAGACGCCCCCUAGACACAUCCCUGGGGUCGUGGAGGUCACACUCUCCUAUAAGUCCAAGCAGUUCUGCAAAGGAGCUCCGGGACGCUUCGUCUACACAGCUCUGAAUGAACCCACCAUAGACUACGGCUUCCAGAGGCUACAAAAGGUCAUCCCUCGUCACCCUGGAGACCCGGAGAGGUUACCUAAGGAGGUUCUUCUGAAAAGAGCCGCAGAUCUGGUGGAGGCACUGUAUGGAAUGCCUCAUAACAAUCAGGAGAUCAUUUUAAAGCGUGCUGCAGACCUGACGGAGGUGCUGUACAGCGUGCCGCGGAGCCAUAACCAGUUGUCCUCACUGACAGGCUCCAGCGCUCACUCGGGCAUGAUGGGAGUUAACUCUUUCAGCAGCCAGCUCGCCGUCAACAUCUCUGAGGCCUCACAGGGAGACCAAGUUUACUCUCGUAACUCAAACAGUGUGUCUCCUCGCGGGUACGUGCCGAGCUCCACACCCCAGCAGUCCAACUACAACACCAUCACCUCCACCAUGAACGGAUACGGAGCCACCGGGAUGACCAACCUGGGCGUCCCUGGAUCCCCGAGUUUCCUCAACGGAUCCGCCGCCAACUCUCCUUACGCAAUCACCCCCUCCAGUCCUCUAUUGGAGCCUCAUGCCUCCUCUUCCUCCUCUUCUUCAUGCAUCCCUACUUCCAUCUCUCUGUCUGCGGGCCCUUUCUCAUUCUCUCCUGUCCAUAUGAUCUCUGCAGUCAAACAGAAGAGCGCCUUCGCGCCUGUCGUCCGGCCACAGACCUCCCCGCCCCCCACCUGCACCAGCACCAAUGGGAGCAGUCUACAGGCUAUGGCCGGUCUGAUUGUCCCUCCCAUGUGAAGAGGAACCUGAUCUUCCUCUAAGGCUUCAUUGAGCCCACAACAAACUCACUGGCUCACCAAAUCUGUCUGACACUCUCUUAUCGAACUUCACCAGUCCUAUGAGGAGCUGCCCGAAAAGAACAUCAAUACCUGGAUUGCUAAAAGAAAAAAAAAAGAAAAGUAUACCUGGCCUGAAAAUGUCCCAUGUCCUGAAAUGUCAAUAGAUGUGUUUGUUUUGCCCUCUAUGACUUCAUCCUUGGAUACUCGCCAUACCGGGUGGCAUUUCGAACAGGAAGCAUAAAAGCUGGAUAUUAUCGCAAUGUGAACGAGAAGCCGAGGUUUUGAUACAUCCACGGCCGUAGGGGCUUCUUUGCAUGACUGAUGUUGUCUGUAGACCGUUCGUUUCAUACUGUAUGUCUGUCCUGUUUCCACUGUGAGAAGAGAGAUGCCACUCAUCCAGAUGGGACUGUGACGGCUCAAAAGGUCAUUCAGAAAUGAUUCACUCCUAAUUACGACAUGCAGUGUCUUCGGUUUUUAACAUCAAGCUGAUUUGAUUUCCUUUCGCUUUUGUUUUAAACCAUCAAAUGAGAACACAAACAAACACGAAAUGAUCCCAGACUGAAGAGCGUGAUAUUUAGUAAUCAUCAGGAUGAUGAUGGAUGUCAGUCAUUUUUACUCAUACUGUUUCUGUAGUUCCAGUAUAGUUCCAGGUGUGUGGAUAGGUAGAUUUAAGCCAGGAAUGCUUUCUGCAGUUUUAAUCACAUUUAGGUACCAGACUUAUUGUUGAAUUUCUUAUUGUGCUUUUUUGUAUGUAUUUAUAAAGUUCGUUUCAGGAUUUCUUUGGUGAGUUAGGCCUGAAUAAUAGUAUCAAAUAUCUAUGUCAACACAUUUGAUGUCUUAAUACCUUUUAGAUAUUGUAAAAAGAGUGAAAAAUAAAAGGGAUUACACUUUUUUUUGUAAAAACAAAAAUGACAAUGACAAAAAAAAAAAAAGGUCUGGACAUGAGCAGGACACCUGUUUUUUGAAAGCAGGGUGCAAAGCUCCACCACUUUUGUAAAAAAAAAAAAAAA